AUGGCGGGCGGCAGCUUCACCGAGAAGGGCAAACAAUAUCCAGUGAAGAUGACGGUGUUCGUCUUCCUCGCCUGCCUCGUCGCCUCCUCCGGCGGUCUCAUCUUCGGAUGCGACAUUGGCAUCUCAGGCGGUGUGACGUCCAUGGACCCGUUCCUGAAGCAAUUCUUCCCGUCGGUGUACGCCAAGGAGCAGGAGUUCGUGCUUGGGACGCUGAUCGCCAUCAAGUUCGGGACGAUGGGCGUGGCGUCGAUCUCGCGGUCGUACGCGAUGGGGGUGAUCUUCCUCAUGCUGCUCUGCCACCUCAAGUUCGGCCUCUUCUACUUCUUCGGCGCCUGGGAGAUCGCCAUGACGCUCUUCGUCUACUUCUUCCUGCCGGAGACCAAGGGGAUCCCCAUCGAGGAGAUGGACAGGAUCUGGGCCAACCACUGGUACUGGAACCGGUUCGUUGACGGCGCCACGGCGGCAGCUCACCUCCACCGCCGUAUAACACUCGUCAUCUUAGUCACUAGUUCGUGCUACUUCUUUUAUCUCGAGGGAAAUUGUCAUCCCUAUUUUUCUGAUCUCAAUCGACGGAAAUUGUCAUCCGUAGUGAGACUUGAUAUUGUUUAUUACUGUUGGAAAAUGUUGACGUAA